AUGGCGCCUUCGACGAUUAACGUGCUCCUUUCUUCGUUCCCAGGUCUCUCGCUGCCUUCGACGCUAUCUAUUCCUAUCUCAUCAAUCUCAACAGUUGCUGAUCUCACUGAGAGAAUCGACUCAAGGCUUCCGGCGUCAUUAUCUCUUCAAUCCCCCUCCCUUGUUCUAACCACCACCGACAGCACCGAACUGGGACCAUACUCUUCUGACAAACUCGCCAACUUCCUAACCGAAUCCGUUGAUGGUCCUUCCACAUUCCUUCCCGUCCGCCUCAGCGUUCGCGUAUAUGGAGGCAAGGGUGGUUUCGGCUCCCAGCUCCGUGCUGCUGGAGGCCGAAUGUCCAGUCGCCGAAAGGGAGCCCAGGGCGAGGACAAUGGUUCGAAUCGCAACCUGGACGGACGGCGCUUACGUACUGUAAAAGAAGCCAAAGCUUUGGCCGAGUAUCUUGCUUUGAAACCCGAGAUGGAGAGGAAGGAGAAGGAAGCGCGGAGGAAAAGGUGGGAGAUGAUUGUCGAGCUGGCCGAGAAAAGAGAAGCUGAGAUACGCAAUGGGGAUGGGAAAGGGAAGGUUGACGGUGAAUGGAUGGAAGAUAAAGAAGAAGCGGGAGAAAAGGCCCGUGAGGCUGUUUUGCGUGCGAUGAAAGAGGGAAUCUGGAAGGAUAACCUCGCCGGAAGUUUGCUUGCUGGAUCGAGCACGAGCCCAGGCGAAAGUAGUGGAAGUGGAGGCUCUGUUAGUGCAAGUGAGGACAGUGAGAUGGAAGAUGUCGGGAGCGAAAGUCAUAUGGAAAUUGGCAACGGCUCAAAAGCAUCUCGUCCGGCUAGACGAUUUAUCGGGUUUGAUGAUGAUGAUGACGACGAGGAAUUCCUCAGUGACGAAAACGAAGAUAAAGAACCUUCUAAUAAUGAUAGCGAUGACUCUGCUGGUGUUAAGGGAAAGGGAAAAGCUAAGGCUUGA